ACAAGGGGGGGGGAGAGAUUGAGAACGUGAUGAAUAGUUGGGGACGAGAUCACAAGCACCAAUUCCAUUUCUAUCUUUCUUUUUAAAUUAGUCUUCGUCUUCUUCCUCCUCUUUACCAUCAUCAUCUCCAAGACCAAGAGACCUAGUCAAAAAAAAAAAAAAAAAAAGCCCUUUCUUCUCUCUCAAUUCCAUCGAUGGAUCAAAGGCCUCUUGGAUUGCUCACGAUUCACGUCAAACGAGGGAUUAAUCUCGCCAUUCGCGACCACCGUAGCAGCGAUCCUUACAUCGUUAUCACCGUCGGCGAUCAGACAUUGAAGACACGUGUGGUGAAACGAAAUUGCAACCCAGUGUGGAAUGAAGAAAUGACUGUUGCAAUCAAAGAUCUCAAUGUCCCAAUCCGCUUGACAGUGUUUGACUGGGAUAAGUUCACGGGGGAUGACAAAAUGGGAGAUGCGAACAUUGACAUUCAACCGUAUUUAGAGGCUUUGAAAAUGGGGAUGGAGCUUUUGCGGCUACCUAAUGGUUGUGCUAUCAAAAGGGUUCAACCGUCAAGGCACAAUUGUUUAUCAGAUGAAAGUAGCAUUGUUUGGAACAAUGGUAAGAUCACACAAGACAUGAUCCUUAGACUUAACAAUGUCGAAUGUGGCGAGCUUGAGAUCAUGCUUGAGUGGCAUGAAGGUGCUGGUUGCAGAGGUAUCACUUCCGCUGCCAAAGAAGGCUCUUCCUCUACCUAAUUAAUUAAUGUUCUGUCAUCUGAGUGUGUUUUUGUAUGCAACAGUUGUUGUUGUUGGUGUUGUUGUUUCGAUAUUGUAUAAGCAAGCAAAUUAUGUAUGUUUUCUUGAUGACCAUUUUCAAUGGCAUGAUCAAGAACAAAAGCUGGAAAAAAUUUGAGACUUUUUGUAUGAGUUUUUUCACUUUCUGUUUUGGAUUCUCAAGAUUUUGUUUUUCU